CCUGGAAUUAUCCAGUUCUAUUAUGCUUUUGCCGAAAAAAACACUCUAGGGUAGUACGAUGACCAUUUUGUUGAGGAUUGUUAUCCGGGACUCUAGCAUCCUUGGCCGUCAAGCACAGAGGCGCAGUGAACCAUAGCCUGACAACCAUAUAUGACGUUUCAUGGCAGAUCAGGAUCAGAUGACAUUGAUAGAUGAAAAAUAAAACCAAACGCCGCACCAUGCUGACGUGUUAAUCUGUGCGGUGAAACUGACGUUAUGUAAAAUUAAUACACUGGAACUGGACUACCGGACGUAUGUGUAUUAAGAAACUGGUGCGGAACACAUCAGUUGUAAAGUUUUAAACAUUCUCUUGAACGCAAUCCGCACGAAACUGCCGUAUAUCACAAUUCUAGUGGAAGAUAUGUGUGAUAAAAUGAAUGGAUUUGAAGAUGAUGGUUUCAAGGAGGUUAAAAUUCCAGUACCUUGGGGCCACAUAACAGGAAAAUGGUGGGGACCAAGGGAUGUUCAACCUACUCUUGCAAUACAUGGAUGGCAAGAUAACUGUGGCACAUUUGAUAAGUUAGCCCCUUUGCUUGUAAAGGGAGGAUUGAGUGUUUAUUGCAUUGAUCUGCCUGGACAUGGGUUCUCUUCUCAUUUGCCUCCUGGUCAAGUAUAUUACAUUUUUUGGGAUGGUAUCCAUUAUAUACGACGAAUUGUGAACCAUUUUAACUGGAAAAACGUAAAGAUUAUUGGACAUUCCCUUGGCGGAGGCAUAGCUUUCUUAUAUGCUGCAGUAUAUCCAAAAGAUGUAGACAGAUACAUCAGUAUUGAUAUAGCUAGUCCUAGCGUCCGGCCUCCGAAGAAAAUAAUUGAUCUCAUUGGAGGUGCGGUUGAUAAAUUUAUGGAGUAUGAAAAGAAACCUGCAAGAAGCGUGCCAUGUUAUAUAUAUGAUGAGAUGCUUGACAUAGUAUAUGAUGCCUACAAAGGCACAGUUACCAGAGAAGGUUGUAAAAUAAUGCUAAGAAGAGGCAUGAAACCAGCUUUAGACAAAGAAGGACAUUACCUGUUCACUAGAGACCCUAGAUUAAAGACUGCGGCACUUGGAUUCAUGACUCUUGAUCAAGUGCUGGAGUUUGCAAUGCGAAUAAAAUGUCCUGUUAUGAUAAUUACAGCAAGUACUGGACUACGUAGCGAGAAUCCUGAGAGAUAUGAUAAAGUACUGGAGACGAUUGAACAGAGUUCACAGAAGUUUGAACAUAUCUUUUUCGAGGGUACUCAUCACUUGCAUUUGAAUGAUGCAGAAUCUAUAGUACCAUGUGUCAUCAAAUUUUUGACCUCAUGAAACUAUAAAUUUAGUUAAAUAUUGCAAUGUGAUAUUUUUUUAUAUUUCAGUUGGUUAUAAGGGGAGUGACUGAAUUGUUUUAUCGUUUCAGUUAUAAAUGGAAAAAAUAUCGUACUUAUUUGUCAUGUAUAAUAACGAUUAUACUCAAAACUAGUGAUUGUAUAAUUUUUGUACAGUGCAUUUUUAUCAUUGUUGGUUUCCAGUGUUGUAAGUCAAAUUCAUUGUUUGCCAUCAUAUAUUGAUAAUAUAUUUAUCCAAUGUCAACACUAGUGAUAUCGUGCUAUUUGCUGUAUUAUCCAAAUUUGCGGGAACUGUAAAUAGUAACUAUCGCAAACCACUCGGAUUGUACACCAAUUUGGUAAAAGUUACUAUAUUCGAGGCGUAUGGGUAUUUAGCAUGCACCAUGUACUAAAAACUAAAAGAUAAGAAAUUAUAUACUCGAGGUAGAAAUUAUUUUGUCAUUACGUUAAUGGACGUGUACAUGUAGUUAAUUAACAUCUGAAACUUCGCGUGGUUGUUUUGCUGAUCAAUGUAAUGUUCUGCUUAUGAAAUUAUCAACAGAUGUGGAAAUUAGACUUUAUCAACGUUUCAGCCACAUUGGCAGCCUUUUAACGGUACUUGAGUUAAUAGUUAAUCAAUUUUCGUUUCUACGUCUAUAAUUUGGGCAGAUGGAGAUUGAUUGCGACGUAGUAUAACAAUGCAAGCUUCAUACAUCAUAUCGACCCCUGCAACGAAGACUAUUGUAACUCAAUUUUGAUUGACCUGAGAUAUAAGCAUUUGAAAAUUACUUUCUAAUUUUGAUCGAAGAGAAAUAAUAAUCUCUAUCCGAUGCAUCUUGCAGAUACUAUCAAUUCUUUUACAUCAAGGGUUAUGAACGAUAUUACAAUACAAAGUUAUAAAAAAAAAAUAUUUUUGGAAAAAUUUUGAAGACUUACUAUAGUUUUCGUUGGAUCAAUUAAGGAAAAAAACACACAUACUGUAGAUGUAGUAAGAUAUUUAUUGAAAUAAUACAGUAUGUUUUAAUAUUGUCAAUUUGAGUCACUCAAAUUAUUCUCAUCUCCAUGUUCAUAUUCACUAUCAUCGUUCUCAACUUGUGUAUUUUCAGUAUUCUGACCUCUUUGUGUUAUUUCUUUAGCUUUUAUUGAAAAAUAAAAAGCAUGGUAAGCUUCAGGGAUGCUUGGAAGACUGUUUGAUUUUGGUUUACAUAGAUCGAGUAAACCACUUAAUUUUUUAGCAUCUACUGGAAGCAAGCUUGUAUAUAGUAAAGGUAACUCCUGAGGUGAAUUUUCCUUCAUUCUCCUUCUUCGAUUUCUCCUCAAUUUUAUUAUACUGAGCUCAUCAGCAUAGUCAUACUUGAAUUUCAUUUCAUAAGGCAUGUCUGAGGAGAAGUGUACCUCCCUUAAUUUACUAAUUUUCAGCUUUUCUCCGGAAUCGUCUUUACUCCAGUUUUCCGAAUUUACCUUUGACUUGAAACUAAAAAAAUCCUUCUGAGACAUCUCUUUCACGAUGUAUGGUCUUCCGGUUACUUUCGCCAUGCGAAUCAACAUAAUCCAUUGAUCGGGGGUAUAAAUUGCCGAUUGCCGCUUUUUGGCAUUUUCAAUGACGGCGUGCAUACUGUCCCCUUCGUUUUGUGUGUGACCUGUUUCUAGGAAUCGAUGGAUUAUCUGUAGAUUCAGAGCCAUAGAAGCAUAUGAAAACAUCGAAAAAAUGAAGCGGUUACGGUUUUGUCCACCGCAGUUGUCCGAGUAAAGAAUAACUUUGUUUAUCCCUUUCUCUUUUUGCUUUUUCAAAAAGUUUAAAAUACAGCUGCUUAUUUCGUUUGGCCCUCUCUUCGCAAUUACUUCAUGCCAAACGUAACAAUAGCCUUCAUGAUUUCCCAUGUCGUAAAUGGUAAAGUUGUAUGUGGCGAGUUUACUUUUGUAAUAGAAGUCGCUUACAGCAGAUUGGGGUGUCACCAGAACUUUUUGUAAGUCGAAGCACGCUGCGCUAAUUGUCUUGUCAUUGAUUGCAGUUUCUUUAUCUUCAUCUUUUAAAGCUCUAGCAGCUUUCUUAUUAGAAACGUGUUUUUCAUACUUCUCUUGUAUUUUCUGCUUAUCUGGCGAAGUUGCUAGUUGAUAGGCUACACAGAGACUGCAUUGGUCCUUCUUUGGUUUAUGGAAUGCUAAAUCGAACUCGGCAUUGAUAACUUCUCUGUAUUGUCUUAAAGUUCCUACUUCUGUAGCAUUUCUCUGUUCCAUGUACUUUAAGUAGAGGCGAUGCAUAAUUGAAAUGUUGAGACCAUCCUCUAAGUACAUCUUUGUUGAUUUUUUCCUGGUAUAGUGGGAAGGCACCACAGGAAAGAGUUGAAUGUGCUCUCUUAUCCCAUUUAAGACACCUCCGUCAAUUUUAUUUGGUCUUGUCAGGUGCUUCCCUCGACGAUCUUCUUCAAGAGUGCCAGUUUCUCCAAUUUUUCCUAGAGCAGUCGUCACCCACUGCUCUGAUAUUCCAUAGGUGUUCAGGAACAUAGUUUUACAAACCGUUAUUUCCUUGUUGUUGACAAGAAGCUGGUAUGUUCUAGAAUGAUUUCGUCUUGAUUUGCUAUCUGUCCGUUUUACGUGCUUCUUCUCCACUGUUUUGACAUACCUAACUAUGUAAUCCCAUUGUCUAGAAUGAUCACCUAUUUUCCAAAACUCCUCGAACAAUGCUUUUCUCUCUUCCUCACUUAUUUUUUGACGACAUUUAUUUCUGCAGUUUUCUUUACAUGGAUUCUUUAUCUGUUUGGCGGGAAUAAUUGUACCUUUCCGGUUUUUAUGUUCGAUGCCCAAGUUUAAUUCCUUCUUAGCUCGAACAUCAAUCCACUCAUUUGUAUUUUUUACACGUUUUCUGCCUUUCCUUUCUUUGGGCGUUAUCUUACGCUUUUUAGGCACCUGAAUUCGGUUUUUGGUUUCAUGAGGUAUAAAUGGCACAAUAGAUGAAUCAGAAUCUGUUGUUUCUUCGGGUACAUAAAUAGGAUCAAUAUCCGAGUCGUCUGAGAAAUUUCCUUCCGUAUUCGUAAUGUCAUGAGGUGUAUCAAGAAGUACUACUGAUGGAUCUGUUUGUACAAAAUUAAAUCCAACUUCUAUAGGGUCCUCUGCAGGGUGGUUGCUGGUUGCUGGAAGCAACAGCUGUAUCAGGCAAAGGGGCUCGCACAUCCUGUACAUUGACUACUGCACCAGCAUACGCAGAUUCCGUAAUAAGACAGUUAUCUGCACCUACAAAAAUAAAUACCUGUAAGAAUCUAUAAGUAGGAGAGAAAAAUCAAUGUAGGUAUAACAUGAUUCCAAUGCAUAACAGGCAAAUGUGGAUACUAAGCAUGAACCAGAAAGAAAGAAUUAAUUACCCAUGUUAGAAAAUAAUAAAAUAAUUACAAGACAAACUUACCUGAACCUGAUGCAUCAUUUAGCUUCUUUGCAUUUUCCAAAAUGACUUUGGUCCUAGAAUUCAUUCUAGUUCUCUAUAUUUAUCUAUUUUCAGACAGCUACUACUUAAAACGUUUUGGGUUUAAAUAAUCAUAACCUCGAAUUAUACCGCGAAGAUUAUAGUAUGUCCAAACAUAGAAUGCCUACCGCGAUUUUUUGCAUCGAAAACUAUAGUAACUCAACUUGAUGUACUUUUCGCUGACAGCAAUGUGAGUGAUUAUACUUACUAUAAUUCACGAAAGUUAUACUGGUUGCCUAUGGUUUCAUAAUUGAGAUACUAUAUUCUUCCUCGAACGAGAAGCAUAAUAUAUCUAUCGAUACCUUAUAGUAACUCAAAAGUAAGGAUUUUUGAGUUACUAUAGUCUUCGUUGCAGGGGUCGAUAUGCUAUAUGCACUGCAAUCAAUGUUUCUCUACACUAAGCUGUGCUGUAUGCAAAGGGGAAACGUAACAUAAUUUAAUUUAUUUGCUAUUUAUGGUUAUUUAUUUAUAGUCUGGCUGAAAGUGACAACUUUUUGACAAAGUAACUCCUUUUCCAUUGGUUCAACCAAGGUGUAUGUAAUUCAGUAGUAUCAGCCUGGUAGAAGUACAAGUGUAUCUAUAUAACGGAACGGUUAGUCAGAAGUGACUUUAAAUAUGUGAUAGACUUGUAAUAUUGUUAGUGUAGUCAAUAAACUGAUGUUAAAAAAA